UUGAGAGUUAUUGGAUGCGCGGGUUUUGUAUUUUUCACACUUUGCGAACUUCGAGCGGAUAACUUUGCGGAUUUUUUUCGCAUGGAUGAAUGGCCCGUUUCCGGCAAGGACGCAUUGGUAAACAUAUAAACAAAGUCCGCGCUUGGGAGUUGUCGAGGAGUUUGGAAAGAGUUGGACGGCGAUCAUUUUUGUUAUUGCCGAAAUCGAUUAGUUCGCUGGCACUACGUGAAAUGGCAUAGAAAAGCGGCGGCGAUUUGUACCGGAUCGAGCCCGGACCUCAAUCUUCGUUAGAGAGACAGUUUGAGCCCGGAAUUUCCACAAUUUUCUCCAUGCAAUUAAACACACUGUGUGUAUAUCGAAUAGACCUUCCAACAAAUCGCCGUAAACAGCAGUGAUUUCAAAUUUGGACGACUUCGGGAGAAUCGCGUGUUUUCAGAGUGACAUGAACCCUGUACGCAACUGAAUUCGCUCUUUAAACGUUGUCGUAAAACUGCUUCGACAUGGAGACUGAAGAACUCAUCAAACUCGUUGAUGGAAUUUACAAGAAUAUCCUGGAUAAGUUUAAUCCAGGAGCGCGGCAAAUGAUCAACGCUGGAAAAGCUUACCUCAAAGCUCUGCACGGUGCUGCCGCAGCAUCACGGCUCUACGUGGAUGCAAUCAGUAAACUUGCUCGCCAAGCUCAGCAGGGAACAUGGGGAGGCUCUUCGGAUAUCGGUGCCGCUUUGAUGAAAAUCGUCGAAGUCUACAAAGAGAUCCAGGACCAGCAAAUGAACAUUCUUAAAGCAUUUUACGUCGACUUGCUCGUCCCGCUCGAGACCAAUUUGGAAAAGGAUACCAAAGUUGUGCAGUCCGAACAGAAGCGAUUUCUGCAGCAGCACAAGCAGAGGUCGGAAACUUACAGCAAGGCCGCAGCCAUGAUGAAAAAGCAGCGGAAGAAGUCCAGAACUUCGCAAAAAACGGGACUGGCUAUGGAUAAAGAGCUAAAGAACAUGCAAGUGUUGGAAGAGGAGAAAACCAAGCUCGACGCCUUCUGCGAACAAAGUCUUAAGAACGCAAUGACCCAAGAACGUAGAAGAUACGGAUUCGUUCUUGAAAGGCAAUGCUCUCUCGCUAAACAUUAUUUAUCUUAUCAUAAUCAAGGACUGGCUGCAUACCAACAAAAUCUGGAGAAAUGGUCGGAAGUUGCCAAAACAAGGGAAUAUCUGCCGGAAUCCGUCGAGAAUAUUUUCACAAACAGACUAAGGCAAAUAUCAGUCUGGCAAGACGAGGACGUCUACUCGAAUCCGAGGAGCCCGAAUUUCGAAGAUGACAGAAUUAGUAUUAGCUCCCAAUUAAGGAAGACCAAGAGCAUGGACGCCUCGUGCUUGGAUAUACGGUCCAUCGGGGACGUGGGGUCGCCGGUGACGACGUUAUCGAGGGCCAAAUCGGAGUAUAAUUUAAAUUCUUCGACGCAUUCGCUCGCUCAAGACGGCCACACUCCGAGUCGGAGGCCCAAAUCGAUGGCUGUCCCUCCGCCACCUCAGUGGGAUACUCAGCUAGCUAGGGCACUUUAUGCCUACUUAUCAAGUGGAGAUAAUCAACUCAGUUUUCUUGAAGGAGAUCUCAUUGCGCUGAUAGGAGAGCGGAAUAAGGGCUGGCAAUUUGGAGAGAACUUGAGGACACAAUGCAGUGGAUGGUUCCCAUUAGCUUACACGGAACUUCUGGAUGAUCCUGCUUCAUCGCCGGCACACCGUAGCGAUGCAGGUGGCUCUGUUCAUCAACCCCAGCAAACCCCCACGAACGGCAACAACGUGAUGUCACCGGGGGGAUCAGCAACUCCUUCCGGUAACAACUCGACGCUAGAAGCUCCAACCCCUCGUAUGUUCGGAGACACCCUGCAUUUGCAUAGAUCCUCCAAUAACGCUAAACAGAUUCGGCGAGCGAUCGGUUCUAACAAUAUCCCACCCCCAGCACUGCCGGCCCCCGUGCCCACCCCCUCCCUUCCGUACCAGAAGAGCGGCAUACCCCAGUCACAAAGCGCCACUUUCAAGUCGAACAUAGAAAACUCCACCUUCCAGUCGCCCUACCAGACAGGCAUCAAGUCGUCGACGUCGACAUUCAACUUCUCGACUCCGUCGACGGGCGCCUACUCCACCCACCCUCAGCCCGCCCGCGGUGACAGGCCCACCGCGGGGGCGCCGCUGCCCCUUCAUCUGCAGGGCAAGGGCGGCAAGAUCGGCGGUCCGGUCGGAAACGUGUCGUUGCAUAGUAGUAACGAUUCCGGGUUCAGCAAUGACCCUCCGCCGCAACCGGAAAUUGAUUAUUCUGAUGACGAUUCCAUUCCUGGACAAACUAAAUUGCCGGCUCGAAGACCUCGUCGUCAACCAGUCAGUGACAACAAUAAUAACACGAUGAAAAAGAACAACAUUAGACAGUCUAGCAGUCACGGGAACCUUAUUGAUAACAGAUAUUACAUGUCGGAUGACCAGGACGCUUCCAGAGAAAGAAGGGGCAUUGUUAAAAGAACUAAAUCCUUCUGGAAAUUUGGCAAAAACAGUUCGGAUAACGAAAUUCUAGAAGGUAUGUCUUUGUGGCGACAUCGCGACCUCGUAGACGUGGAAGAUAAAAUGAAACGUCGAAAUAAAUUUAACAGUCAAGAACGAGUAAAGAGACCUAGUCGUGACAGAUCAAACGACUCCGAUCGAACGAUUAACGCAAAUCAAAAUCAAGAAGAAAACAGAAAGGAGAAGGAACAGAUUAGGAAGAACGUGGAGAACGUGCGAAAAAGCUUCAGAGAGAAAGCUCGGCGUGACGCUGACAUGGAGAACGGGGAUUACGGUUACCACAAGGUAAAUAAUAAGCAGAAUCUAGACGAUCAGUUCUACGACGAUGACGGUGACGGUUUGAUGAUGAAAACUGUCAACCGCAAGAAUAUUUUACAACAGUACAAUAACGACUCGUCAGGUCCCGAAUCCGACUCCGACUCUGAAAUAACAAGCGAUGAUCCUUACGACUGUAUUUUAGUCGACGAUCAGAACGUGAACAAGCAAGACAACCACUUCCCUAACGUUGCCGAAAUUGGCAAAAAAUUAGAAAAACUGUCCAAGUCGAGUAAGUUCUCACCCAAUAGUGGCAACAAUCAAAUUCGUAACAGCGUCGCCGAGAAGAACCUCCGCAACAGCGAAAAGAAAAUGCUCCUGGAAAAUUCAAACGACGACAUAAUUCAAUACGAGGAAAAACGACACAGUUUCAAAACGUUCGGGAUCGAGUCUCCGACCGAUACUGGAGAUAAAGAUAGGUCCGAUAACGACAGAUAUUACUCACAGAAUCAUAAUAAAAGGAAUAAUGAAACUAAUGCCCAGGAAAAACGCCGAUAUUAUGCCGAUUCCAACAAACGCAAUAACUCAAACGAGAAACGGGGCAGGCCAAGUUACGAAAGUAUCGAUUCGGACAUGGAUAACCGAAUUGUGUCGAACAGACGAUCAAAUUCUGAAUCUGAAAAACGCGAUAAAAUGAAAUAUUACGAUUCGACCAAUGACGAGCUGUCCGAUGCCGUGGAAAACAGGCAGUUUAUACCAAGGACCAAGCUGGCUAAAACCAACAGUAACAAUUCCGGCAGUAAACACGAGCAGGAUAUCGGGCUUAUGGAAUACGGAGAAACUCUGCAGAAGCGGUUAAAGAACCCGGAAUAUGGGGCAAAAUACGACGAAAAGUCGCCGCAUAACGGCAACAUGUACGGGCCGUGGUACGAUCUGUGGGGCCUCGACGCUUCCGCCAGGAAAUAACUUUUAUUGUCUAAUUCUUUGUUUAAUUUAUUUGCAUGUUCUCGUUCUAUGCACUUGGUCUCAUGGUUUGGGUCUUUUUCAGGUCUAACAACUUUGCUACCAUUAAGCUGCGCAAAACUAACCCUAGCACAGAUCGAGCUUCUUCACUUAUUUUAGAGUAAAUUCGUACUGUCUGUAUUUUCGUGUUGGCCAACGUAAGCUAGUCUUAAUUAUUACAUAUUCAUUAAUUUUAAAUGUUUGUAUCGAGUUUAUUUGUACAUAAUUUAUGAUUACCUACUUAUAUUAUUUUACGGUUAUUGAUGUUAUCACUCAUUAUGCUUGUGUGUACAUACAAUUCUUCUCUUUUCACUUUAACUUGUAUCUUUUAUUUUGUACAUAUCUACUUUUGGUGGUUGGGAUGGUGCAAUAAGGAUUGAAUUGAAUACAAACUUACUACUGUAUUUGCUUCAUAAUUUUUACCUAUUUAAAAUUAAUAAUUUGUCAAGGAAUAGGAAAUUACGGAAAAUGUGAAUACCGCCAGCUCAAUCGCUUUUAAGAUAAAAUCUUAGGAGUUAGUGAAAAUGAGAGACUGUGAUAAACUUAUUAACUUUUCGUAGUAUGUUAUGCUAACGCAAUUAUAUUAGUAAGUUUGAAAAUUAUGUAAAUAAUCAAAAUGUAAAUACUGCCACUGAUUUUUAUAGUUUGCAAUUUUUUACUAGCUAAGUAUUUUUGAAAAAGAUUAAAGUAAAUUAUGUACCUUUCGUUACGUUAAUUAAUAAUUGACCGUCCAUUUUGUUAUAUUUAGUCAUAACGAUAGACUAAUGCUAGUUAAUAUAGAUAUAUCACCGUAGAAAUAUUUACCUCGGAAUAUAUAAAGGCAGGGGUUCUAGAAUUAGGACUUGAUUAAAUGUAACAUAGUCCCAUCUAUUCGUAUAUUUGUUAGAAUAAAAAUAAUCAUAGCCGUUGUUGUCUGCUGUAUAACAUAACUGACACAAUUUUGUUUUUAUAGGAGCAGUAAUAUUAUUAUUAUUGUUAUACUUAAAUUGUAUAUCAUUUUAAUAUUAAUAAAAAUUUAUAUUGUU